AUGAACACAGCUACAGCAUGUCUCGCCUGCAAGAAACAGCAUCUCAAAUGCGUCUGGGGUCCACAAGUUGCUGGAGAUGGUACACAAACAUGCCUUCGAUGCGUUUCGAUGGGCAAGGUUUGCGCCACAGCGCCCGUUUUUCGCUUCAAGCACUCAACUACGUAUGUCCACCCCCAGACCUUUGCGUGUCAUGGCGAUGAUGAGGAGGCUGAGUUCCACCAUAGGUCAUCCCCAAAUCAAGUUUGGGUCCCUUUCUCAAGACGAUAUUCUGGGUCUAAUGACUCUCCUGCGACUCAAAUUCAUACAGUUGAGAUCGGUGGAGAGGAUGGAGCCAGUGCAGUAAGCAAAGACAGCCGUCACAAUUAUGGCCCAAUUCCGCAGGGUUCGACACUGGGACUGGCCAACGUAGGAUCAGUACCCUACCCGUCGACAUGGGGUAUUGAUCUUUGGCAGUUCGACCUCUGCGAUUCCAGACGCCACUUUGCCAACAUUGUGCCCCCUCGAGCAGCGUCUUGUCCGACCCUCCUCAAUGCUAUCUUCGCCUUAUCCUCCAGACAUCUCAGCCUCAACGCACAAUAUGACCCUUACGCCUCCGAUCGGUACCAUCAAGCAUGUCUCAGGCACUUGGCAACAAUCUCAAACGACUCCUCCGCCCUGAACGACGACAAUCUGCUCGCAGCGACUAUCCUUCUACGGACUCUCGAGGAACUCGACGUUCCACUUAUCGGCACCGAUCACGAAGGUCAUCUGUUAGGAAUACAGCUAUUUAUGAACACUUGUGACUCUACAACGACCCCGAGUAGCCUCCGCUUAGCCUCGUUCUGGAUUGGCAUGAGACAAGAGGUAACGAUGAGUUUUGCAAGUCAACGCCCUGUAAAGAUCAGGCUCGAUCACGGAUUCAUGGAUCGGUCCCUCUCUGAAGCCGACGAUGACACAUGGGCAAAUCGCAUUAUUGUCCACAGUGCAGAUGUUAUAAACUAUUGUUUUGGUAAUAACGGUCCCAACAGACACCACUAUCAAGAACUAGUUGACUAUGACCAAGCGUGGCUACGAGCUCGUCCAGUGUCCUGGCUGCCUGUUGCCUAUAGUGCUUCUGACGAGACCUUGGGCGAAGCCUUUCCACACAUCAUUUAUCUAAACCACGCCGUCGUUAUCGGUCAAGUCCAUAGCAUAUUUGCUCGUAUUCUCCUUAUGUGCCAUGAUGACCGAGUACCACGAAUUGGACCAUCUGCUCAGCUAGCUCGGAAGCAAAUUGACGUAGGUUGA